UCGCUUGUUGUCCAAGGGUUCACAGGUCGCGACAGCAGCGCGAAUGAGACCCUGUUCAGAUUAUCGACGGAGAAGGAAAGAGGUUCGUGUGACUAUUGUGUUAGAUCGGAGUAAGCUGACUAAAUUCUGCUAUUACCUCACUCGUAUUUCUCGACUCGUCAAGCGAUGUAAAUUUUACGUCAAGAGUCAGUAUUGAUUUCAUCUCAGCGACGGGCGCGAAAUUCCAACGUUUGUAUCGUUAAAUAUCGGCGAAACCGGAAAGGUGAAACAGUGUUGAAAACUUAGAGAAGUAUGGCCGAACUACCUGCAGAUUUUAUUCUGGAAUUUCAAGCUGGACUUUCCAAAUUGAAUUUUUUCCUUCAAAACACAUUAUCAAAUGAAUCCCUGAGCAGCGAAGCUGAUGUGCACAAACAAGAAUGUGUUACUCUUGUGGAAGGAAUGAUUAGUUCUCUAAACAACAUGAAAAACAGCAACAUGAAGGAUGACAAUCUCCUUAAUAAUGGACUCUCUGUUUCAAGUCAAUCAUUGGAUGAAACAUAUGAUUUGAAUGGAAUUGCUGACCAAGGGAUUCCCCGCAGUGGUUCCCUUCCGGAUAUGUCCAAUUAUAUGCAACCAGAGGAUUUAGGAAACUGGCAAGCAAGCAAGACUAAAAAGGGAUCUUAUUAUGCUGACUUUGAUCAUGAAGAGAUUAACUUAAAUGACUUGCGUCAACUUGUUAUCUAUCAUCCCACUGAAGAAGAAGAGGACACCUCUGACAAUAAUGAGGAUGAUGUUCAUCAUCAUAACACCUUAAAUACUUCAAAUGAACUAAACACAUCAAACUGUUCCCCAGUCAAUAAACGAAAGAGUCGCAAGAGAGACAGUGCAGCAUUGUUUGACAUUUCUCUGGAAGAUUUGACUGAGCCAGAUUUUGCAGGACUUUUGAGGGAGAAGCACAGUGAAAAGCUCUGGUGGUGUGUUCUUAUCGACCAGCAUCUGUGCAUAUUUCCUUCUCAAGAUCCAGAAGAAGUAGCAUAUGAUGUCAUCAUCAUGCCAUGUUGUCAGAUCUCUUUGGAUGAUCGGCUUAUGCGCACACCUGUGUUUAGACUGACUCAGUCAGACAUGGCGCCUUGGGUGUUUGUUGCUUCUAACAAUGAUGAACUGAAAGAGUGGAUGAAGGUUUUAACUAUUGCUGCAUCUGCUGGUAAACAUUCCUCUGUUGCACCUUCUAAUACAAACGAAAAAAAAUUAUCUGCUCCUCCCCAAGCUCCUCUUAUGCAGUCCAUUUUAGAGGAGGAGGAGGAGGAAGAACUUGAUGAAGCAUCUUUGAGUAGCUCUUUCAAAUCAGAUGCUAACCAUCUUUCAUCUCAAUCCUUCAAGAAAUGUUCUGAGUUAAAUGAGAGUGACAAUAAUCUGCCAGUAGGUUAUGUGAAUGGAGAAUCUGUGAAAAAUGGUUAUGAGAAAAAAGAGCUACCUAAGAGGCCUGAUGAAGUUGAUGGAGAAAAGUUUGUAGAAGACCCUUAUGAAGACGUAGCAAACCAAAAGAGAGCUGAAGAGAAUUUUCAAGAUGAUGGAUUUGCUACAGAUGAAUUUGACUCUGCUUCAUCAGAUGGUGGUGAUGUAUCAACAAUCCCCCAAACACAACCAGUUCAGAAAGCUAAAAAGACAAAACAGUUCUUUAAAUGGCUCAAGAAGAAGGCAAAGAAAGGCAAGCUCUUCAGUAGUCCUGAGGAUGGGGUUGCCUUGGCAGGUUAUGCAUUCAAGUCAAAUGACAGCUCCAAGCGCUGGUUCUUGAUAAGAGAACAGAAAUUGCUUUGUUUCAAAACAAUCAAAGAUGAGGAUCCUGAAAUAACAGUUGACCUGAAUGGCAGCGAGAUCAAAGUGGGAGAGGAAGAAAAAGCCAAGCUUGCAAUUCAGGUGAUAAGAGAUGGUACAAAUCAUUUUACACUUGUGGCCAAAACUUUGAAAGACUGGGAACGCUGGAAAAAGGCUUUCUUAAUAGAAUCUGGAUUUAUUCAACUUGCUGUCUCACUGACAGAUACAAGUUCAGGGUUUUAUGAUCAAGAGGAAGAUGGAGAAGAAGGUGAAUAUGUUACUCCCAUAGCUUCUCCAGGAUCAGAGAAGACUCCAACACCUACAAGCAACACUUUCCCGCUAAAUAAAAACAAUGAGACAGAUGAUGAAGACCUUUACAUGGAAGUUGUUCCUUCUACGGUGACAACUGUGGAAAAAUUGAAAUCAACAUCACCGUCUUCAAGUCUUCUGGAAUUGGGACCACUCCCUCCUCUGCCACCUGAUCUACCCCCGCGGAACACUCCAGAUGGUGCAGAGGGAGAUGGAAAUGAAGAGAGCUGUCAAAUUACAUGGGAGAGUGAGGAGAUUUAUGAAGAGGUGUCCUCUUCAGUUGCUAAUGCUGAUAAAGUAAUCAAAUGGCAGGGCCUAAAUUCCAAAAAAAUAGAGGUGUGUCCAACUGGUAUUCAAGGCAAACACUCUGAUAAAUCAGCUAAAGGUCCUGUCCCUGCUGGUGUUUCAGAUGGUGCUAUUGAAGAUAGUGCUAUAACAGCAUCAUCAUUUCUGGACAAUUCUUCAAAGCCCUCUGCAGGCAGACUUAAUUCAUCAGUCGGAGCGUGGUGUGCCAAAGGCAAUGAUAAACAGCAGUAUCUUCAGAUUGACCUUGGUGAGGUGGACAAAGUGUGUGGUGUGGCUUCACAAGGAAAACCAGGUUUUCUUGAUCAGGGAGGUUGGUUUGUGAAGACUUACACACUGGCUUACAGCAAGAAUGGAGAAAACUGGGCCAAUUAUAAAGAGUUUGGAAUUGCUAAGGUUUUCCAGGGUAACAGCGAUCCUGACACAGUAGUCACGAACAUGCUGAAAAUGGCAGUGAAUGCACGUUAUGUGAGGAUAAAGCCUCAGUCUUGGCAUAACCACAUUGCCAUGCGUGUUGAGGUUUACAAAGGAGAAGCUAGCUCGAAACUUACUGCUGGAAUCCACAAAUUAGCUGACACCCUGACAAAAACAACAAAGAAGAAAACAGCUGACCGGCAACGUGCUACAUCCUCUCCAGUGGAGAUAGAAGAGGAAGACGAUUACAGCGCUGGUAAACCUACUUUGGAAAGAAAUGAUUCGUUUGACGAGAAGUUCAAGUACAUUAAUCGUCCAUCCUCCAAGGAAAAUCUGUUGGAUGGAGAUGAGGAGCGUGACAAAGAAAAUCAAGUCACUGGUGUGGAUAAUGAAGCUGUUACUAACGAAGAAGAAUUAGCUGCUGAUGAUUAUCUGCAGUUGGUUAGAGAACCCACUGAAGAGGAAAAGCAGGUGGAAUUGAAAGUUCAACAGAGAAUCGAAGCGGGACGGAAAGGAGAACAGAUUGGUAGAUAUGAAGUAUCACAAGGAAUCAAGGCUAGAAAAAGUCUGUAUGAGAACAAUCAACAAAGCGAGACGACCCAGGACCAAAGGAGAGACAGCGUAUCCAAGGCUCCCAAGGAAACGGAGGUUGUAACAAAGAAACAAAAAUACAUUGUGGAAAAGAAAGAAGUUGAAGAAGAAAAAACUGAAAACAAAGCCAAGGAUAAAAAGGAGAGAAAUUCUUCUAAUUCAUCCCAACGGGAUCCAGAUAGAGAAAGAGAGGAGUUGGAGAAAACUGAAAAGGCUUUCCAGAACUAUGCCAAGCAGCUGAAAGAGGAGGGAGGACCUGUUGUGAAAGAAAAAAGAGCUUCUAUUGUCGCCUUAAACAGACUUAACUUCGAAGACCCGAGGAGUGCUUCAAAAGCUAAAGAGAAUGGAACUUAUCCUGAAAAAAUGGAGAGUUUGCUGAAAGAAAAAGAAGAGCUUCUGAAAAAGAUGGAAAAUCUGAGAAAGAGGUUAUCAGUCGCCAAGGAUAGGAAAAUAUUCUUCAGUCUGUCGACUUCCAGAUCAAAGGCAACCACAGAUGCUGACGCUGAAUUCCAUGAAUCUCAAAAUGAGAUGACAAAGACAAAGAAAAGACUUAUGGAAAUUGAGAAUGAAACGAAAAAUCUGAAAGUGAUGGAGUUAAGAUACCAAAAGACACCUGAGAAGACAAAUCCGGAGAAGCCGCUUCGUAAAAAUAGUAGAGAAUGUAAGCUGGGUUCGGUUGAGGUACAAAGCUCAAGGAUGGCUAUUUCAUCCCCGUCCUCUGGGAAGGACAAGGAGAAAGAGCUUGCCCAGACAGGAAGUGUGUUGUCUCAGAUCAAGGUGUUUGAACAGAUGAAGAAAAAGUGAAAGCAUAAGGAAACUCAGGAGUUAUGAUUUGUCGGAGGAACUCUUUUUAAUUUGGAGGAAUAUUUCAUUCUGAGUAAAUUGUAACUUCUGCCUCUAGAAUUUUUCGCCAAGAAGGCAACAUACUCAUAUUGUUGUCUAAUAAACUACUGUCAAAGCCUCCAUACCUGCGCUAACACGUAGUUGCGUUACGUGUUGAAGCUAGUGGUUGAGUUAUUAAGUGUUAUUGCGUUUUAGCAAAGUGUUCACUUAGUGACGUGACACAAGUUACCUAGCGUGUAUGUUUUCAAGACGUUGUACAAAUAAUUAAGUUAAGUCGUGUCUUCAUCUUGAGUUAAUCUCUCUGUAACGUAUUAAAAAAAAGACGCUAGUCCUUAAUUAUAUUUGAAUAUUCAAAACGUGUUUUUUUAAAAUACAUUAGAGAGAAUUAUAACUGCAUUUCAUCGAUUUCCAUUCCUAAACAAUUUCUAGCUCACGAUGCGAAGAGAGCAAUCACGCAAGUAGCUGAGAGUUUUAUUUCAGUGGUCGUUAAGAACAACAAGUGGGUACUUUUACUAAGUUUUACACAACUUAAAAUCGCUAGUAUAAAAUGUGCACUCAUUAUAGGAGAGUGAUACUUUUUAUUUCAUGUGUGUGGUGGUUUGUUAUUGUCAUUUUUUAACGGUCAAAUUCGAUUAUCUAAGUCACUCCGUUUUAAUUGCUCCGCACAUUUUGAAAUAUAACAUACUGCUUAUUAAAUAUGCACCAUAAUAAAACUAAAAAAUGUUUCGUAAUGCCACUAUUGGUAAUUGUAAAUUGUAUUUAGGUGGCAGUAAGAAUUAUUUUUCCGACUAGCAAACGUUCGCUAAGCAUUUUGUUGUUGAUGAAUGUAACGAGCUGAGUGUUCUUUCAAGCUUCCUUAAGGUAUUACUUAAAUGUUGUGUCAUAUAUCAGCUGCUUUUUCUCAGAAGUUUUCAGGUUUUUUUUGUGUGUAAUUAAAUUAGUUGUGUUAAAGUGACGCUCAAGUAACGUAAUACUACUUCGGCUCGGGUAAACAUCUAUUGCCAGUUUAGGACAAAAUUACAACCUUUUGCUUAAAUCAAUGAAUGUAGAGAGUUUUUCAACUCGUUAGCAAAUAAACUUCACAUUUUAAGUUU